GCAAUUAAUCGGCGUUUAAUCCACAGAUUCCGUUAACACCAGAUUCUUAAUAUAAGACCGUCUAACAGAAACAAACACCCAGAACCUCUCUCUCUCUCUCUCAAUCAUCUUCUACAAUCGGCGUGGCUUUUUGCUUUCAUUGCUCUCUUUCUAUCUUUCUCUCUCUCUCUCUGUCAAAGACAUCAAGCACCCAUCAAUGCCCAUGCUUGCUUUCUCUCCUCCUCAUUUGCCCCCUCUGACACUGUGAAGGAGCAAACAGAAAAACAGAGAGAAACAGAGAAAGAGAAAAGAUCUCCCCCUGUCUUUCAAAUGUCUUACUUCUUUCACAUACAGUCAAUCAUGGUUGCCUCCAUUAACGCAUCUCUCUCUCUGGAGCAGGCGACAAAUAGAAAUAAUUGAUAUCUUUUUUCCUGUUUCCUCGACCCCUCCAGUGCCCUCUCUGCCAUUUGUAUAUAUAAAAGAAGGGAAGGCAUAUGGAUAGGUGGGAUAAACCGGCGCGGGAAGAUCGGCACGGGCGCCGGAGAGAGAACCCGUCUUUCUCUUCCACUCUUCUCGACGCUAUUUACCGGUCCAUCGACGAAGGCCACGGCGAGGAAAGAGAAGAGGAGCUUGUGCUCUACAGAGAAAGUAGCGUGAGGAAGAAACAGAGCAGCGGCCUAAAGGAGCAAGAGGAGGAAAUGGCGAGCUUCCGGCGAGCGUGCAUGAUCGAGAAGUGGAUGGACAAGAAAGUGAACGACAAGGUCGUAGUCCGGCGGAGCUCCGCGGCUGAUUUCGAUAGAAAAUCGCGAAACGACCGCGGUUUUGAUCAUCUGUUGCAGAAAUAUUCGAGCUCGAGCUCGUCGGAGUCGAGUUCCGGAGGUGGGUUCUCGUCGUCCGAGUCGUCUGAAUCUGUUUACACGUUGAAAUCAAGGUCUUCGUGUUACGGUAUGCAGCGGCCGAAGCCUAUUCGGACCAGCUUUUCUGGCCAGAAUCCUCAACCGGAGAAGCCAAAGCACGAGAACAGUUUCGUGAAGACCAAAUCCAGGGCCUUGAAAAUCUACGGCGAUCUGAAGAAGGUGAAGCAGCCGAUAUCGCCGGGCGGACGCCUCGCAAGCUUUCUCAACUCCCUUUUCACUGCAGGAAGCCCGAAGAAGGCAAAGACGACGUCGUCGUCGUCGUCGUCCGACGAAACCGGCUCGGAGAGAAAAUCCUCCAAGUCAACCGCCACGUCUACAUGCACUUCCGCUUCCUCGUUUUCACGGUCUUGUCUGAGCAACACCCCUUCUUCGCGAGGGAAAUUCAGCAAUGGCGGCGGCGUGAAAAGGUCGGUGAGGUUUUGCCCGCGGGUUAGCGUGAUUGUGGACGAGGAUUGUCGGCCGAAAGACGCGGAGAUAAAAUGUUAUGUAAUGGGAGGGAAUUAUCGGGUCGACGAAGUUACCAAAGAUUUGUUCAGAAAUUAUCAGAAAGAGAUCAUCAAGGAAGACUUGGACAUGAAAGAUGUUCUUGAAGAUGAAGAUGAUGACGAUGACGAUGACGCAGGCAGUUGUUCAAGCUCCGAUCUGUUCGAAUUGGAUAAUCUUUCGGCCGUCGGGAUCGAGAGGUACCGCCAAGAAUUGCCCGUCUAUGAGACCACACACUUCGACACUAAUCGAGCCAUUGCAAAUGGCUUAAUUCUGUAAUUUCCAAAUAACUUGGAAGUUUUCUUUGUUUAGCCUUUUUUUUUUUUUUUCCUUUUUUUUUUUCAAU